ACUCAUCACUCAUCCUGUACAAAGCCAAGUGUAAUUAAUUCUCUCUCCUCUGGUGACCACAUGGUUCUGACAUGGUAAAGAGAGAGAAAAAAGGAGGGGAAGCAAAUGUUGCAAUCCUAUUGGUUUGCAGGAUCCUAGAGGAAGGACAGAAUACCACUCCUUUGAGCAUUUUGGGCCUAACAUAUUCCUAAAAAGUAGAAGAGGAAAAAAAUUAAUUUGCUGUCCCUGUGUUUGCAGCAAAGAGAGGUUUUCUGUCCUCUGGACCUGUCAGCAAGGAACUUGGACAUUGGCAGUCCUCUCGCCCCAGGCUUUGCUCUUUGUGCUUUAAACAUUGAACUGUCUUCCCUGGUGCCCUUUUUGCUGGAGAAUAUAAACUCUGCUGGAGAAUAUAAACUCUGAACAAUGCUUUCUUUUUAGAAUGUUCUGUAUUGAUCAUGAAUUUGGGCUUUUAGGUGCAGAAUUUACUACUGAGUUAACUAUGAGCUCCUCCUUUUCCUCCUGUCAGACUGAAAUCAGUGUUAAAAACUCAGAAAUUUCUGUUGCAGCAAAAAUUCAAAGGUCUUAAAAAGGAGGAGUUAUGCAAGCUAAGUGGACUUUUUUGGUGGAUUUUUUGUAGUAAAUGGCAGUACACACAUGGAUAUAUUCACAGGCAGCAAUCAGGCUGUGUGCAGCACUGCUUGGCUAACUGGAGCUGAUGUUGAUGAGAUUAAUGCUGCCUGAAUGGAAAUGCCUUUGGAAUUCUCCUCUUCCUUCAGGCCCUGGUACCUUGAGAAGACUUUUCAUUCCAGCUCAUCCCAUUGGACAUUUUCUGGAUGUGUGUUUCUUCAGUUUUGCCUUUCAUUUGCUGUAUCAUUUGGUGCUCUUUGGACAUGCAGGAUGCUGAGACAUAAAGAAUAAUGUCAUAGAUUUACAAGUCUGGCUUUUCCCAUCCAGCUCAUGGAUUUUUCUUUUUACUACACAGAAUUUGUGCCCUUGAUUUAACUGGAAGAUGACACCAACUUUCUAGAAAAUACAUCUCAGCCUACAUCUCAGCCUUCUGCCAGUCUUGAAAAUCACCCUGAUCAUCCUGACAUGACGAUAUCUGGGCCUAAAAAAUGAUCCUGAAAUGCUGAACUGGAUUGAGAGCUGCAGUGAGUGGCACAUGCCCUUUCAAGAAGCAAAGACCAAAGAAGAAAAAACAAAAGAUCCUGUUAUCCACAGACACCACUGAAGUUGGUUCCUUGGCAUGUCAUGCUGCAGAGGAAGAAUUUGCACAUAUCUGGGUCACUGGGGAAGCCAGCGCAAGCCUGAAUGAAACUUCUGUGUGUGGCAGUAAAUUCAGGAUUUGAGUCCCUAUAGCAAGUGACAAGAUCCCAAGAAGGGGGCAGUUACACUGUUAUCCCUUGGUUUUCAUUUGCCUGUGCACAUGAGAGAUUCCCAGCAGAGUUCUUUAAUGAUUUCCUAAACUUAAACAUCAACUUCUCACUGAGUCAGAUUUUCUCAUAACAAUGGUUGCAUUUUAAGCUGUUGCACGACUUAACUAUUAGGCAUUUUUUUUAAAGCUCACUGUGUCCUUUUGAAAAAAAGAACGAUAGAGUAUGAACCCUCCUGCAAAAAAAGGAAAAAGUACCUAGUGCACACUCAAAGUGCAUUUAUAUUAAGUAAGGUAAUUGAAAAUAAAGGAUGUUGUCAUUGUUUUAAACUCUCCUAGGGUUUCUUUGGUGAGUGGCAAUAAUCUGUUAUUUUAGUUUGAGGGCUUGAUCACUUGACUGUGUUACCCUGUUGUUCCACUAUAACACAGUGAAAUUCUAUAUUUAAUUAAUUUAGUUAACACUGCAGUCUUAAUUUCUCAAGGUUUGCAUACUUUUUAUUUGAUUGACAUAAUUAAUUUUAUUAUAUUGGUUAAAAAAGUGGUGUAUCUUUUCACUAAAUGGUAUCCUGUUUUAAUUCAAUAGAGAACUCUUGGGUAUUGAUGUUAAUUUUUUAAUUUUUAAAUUUUAUUUUUCUAUCUUGAUAUCAGAAAGUAAAACUGACAGCCCAUUUGUCAUUUCUAGAAGCCAAUGUACAAGAUAUGUAAUAAUGAAGUGGUACUCUAGAAAAGCAAACCUAGGGAAUUAUGUCUGAGACUGAGGUAAAGCAGGAGGGUAAGAAAGUGCCUUUUGUCAUCAUUGAGUUGUUUGGAUGCAUUUUUCCCAUGAUGAUGCAUUUUUUAAAAACAAAGUAGGAUAAAAAAAAUCAGGAUUUCAAUAGCUAAAUUUUAUAAUUGUUUAAUCUUUUGAUUUAAUAUAAGCACAGAGAAGAACUCAAACAAUUUUUUCCCUCCUCUUUCAAGAGGAGAUGGGUUUCUAAAGCAGGACACAUGCAGGAUACAGGAGGACAGUGCAGAACACACUGUCUGAUCCUGUAAUUUAUUUUUUUUGCUAGUCCUGACUGCCUUGCAGUUCUUCAAUAAAAUUUGUUAACUGUUGUAUUGAAUCUGAUGGAUUUACCAAAGCUGGGCUGCCUGAGGAGGUCUCAUUUGCCUGAAAGCAAAUGGGCACAUAUUUAGAUUUACCCAAGAGAAACUUUGCUAUUUUGAUAUUUACUCUUUUUCUGUGGUUGAAAUAGUAGAUUUUUCCCUCUUUCAAGCCCUCAGCACAUUGUCUACCUGUGCUACUCAGCUCCAGUGGGGUUGAGAAUGUGUGUGCAGCUCGCAGUGCUGGCUUUGAGCCUCCCAAGGCUUUUCUCAGACGAAAAGCCUUGUUCACUACUCAGUUUUUGAGGGAAAAACCUCAGAGACAUGCCCAGUAGUGGUAAAUGUGAAUCCAGAGGCUUCUCUGAGGAGCUGAGUAACUGGGAUUACACUGCACUGAGAGACCCAGUGCUGGAUGGAUUGCAGAGUGCACUGCUGGCUCUGCAGGAGGAGGGAUUGCUUGGCAUUGCCAUGAGAUGUCAGAAAGUGGAAGGAGAAGAGGAAAAACCACCUUGCUUUGCUCUCAGAGCUGUGUAUGCCCUGUGAGUGGCUGCUGCUCGUGUCUGAGGUCUCAACCUUUUGUAUCUUCCUAAGGAAGUUUGGAAGCAGCUCUGGAAGUGAAUGUUUUCCUGCACAGAGUAUUUACAUUUUCAGUGAGCAGGUCUGAGACACUGAACUGCUUUUCUUCUAUAGUAAGGGUUUGAUUGCUUCAAUGGCUGGCAGCUCCCAUCAUUCCCCUUCCAUGAACCACUGGGCUCUGGGCACAUCUGGAGCUGUUAAAAGAGCAGCUGAGCUCGUGCUUGUUUCCUGCAGUCUGAAAUUGAAACAUCUUCUGAGUCUUUUAAGAGUCUGAAAAUCACUGGGCUGUCAGGGAAGUCUAAGCCAAGCUGGCCUUAAUUAAUAAAAGCCAGCAGAAUCUCCUGGUCCUGGGUAGCUGACCCAUAACUGAAAGGUUCACACCAGAGAGUGCAAUGUGGACCCUUUCAGAGCACCAACAGAGAGCUGAAAGGUAAGUGAAAAAUGCACAGAAUAGUUAAAAUAACAAGAAGCCAACCAGACGUUUAAAUUUUUGCAAGUACAGGCUACACAGAAAUUUCUAGUUGGUAUAGUUAUAUAUUUAUCUGCACUUUUCUAUACUGCUAUAGGAUAUAGCAGUAUAUAAAAGUGCAGAUAAAUGCUUGUUUGUAAUUUUUAAUCCCAUUUGCUGUCCUCCCCUGCCAACAAGAUCAGGGCAUAUCCAAAAUAACUGUUUUAAUUCACACCAGCACACAGGACACAAGCACACAGCUCAAAAGGACCAGGCAAUGUGGAACAACCAGAAAUCUUUCCAUGGCUAAGGAAAAAGAAAAAUCUAUAUUUUGAAAUAAAGCAAGAAGCUCUCCUGCCUCUUAACACUGGUCUGAAGCAGGAGGCUAUUGUGGUGUGGCAGUGCCAAGUCCACAGAGAGUACAGAGGUUUACCUGGAAUGGACCAAAGUUGUGAGAGUGGAUUGUAGGCUGUGGUCAUGAUAUCCUGGAUAACUGUCUGUGUCAAAGACCACUGGACUACAAAAUAUGGGGGGAAGUUUGCUUAGCAGAAACCUGGAUAAGGACAUGUUGUAGGACUCCUCCCAGCUACUCCACUCUCCUGCAUCAUCCUGCCUCAAACAGAUCUUAAAAUCUGCCAGCAGUGCUGGUAACCAGAAGAGAAAUGAGGAUCUUCCCAGCUGUCCAUGGAAUGGGGAAGCUGUAGAUUUCAGAGAAAAUGAUGUUUCCUGAAGUGUGAAGGGGAAGGAGCAGUGAAGAGCUGGAGGAGAGAGGCUGGUGCUGAUUCCUUCUGCUAAAGAUGGCUCAGAAAUGGGCAGUUCUGGCUGUGCUCCUUUUCUUGCCAAUCAAUCUGGUUGAAGCUCAAAACUGGGUGAGUGUGGAGAUUGGCCGUGAAGCUGUGCUGAGUUGCCCCAACAUCUCCAAGGUGCCUUCUCUGCUGGUGAUUUGGAAGAGGAAUUGCACAAGUUGCUGCUUCUUGUCCUAUAGAAGGGAUCGCAAUAAGACAAGCAGCCUGAACUGCAGUGAGAGGAUCACAUGGAAAUAUUCACCUGGCAGUGACCCUGCACUUCGUAUUUACCCUGUGGACCUCGAGGAUGAGGGAAUUUACACCUGUGAAUUCGCCAACACUGAAGGGAAUUUUCAUUUUCUCUCUUUUCUGGUUGUGAUAGUGCCUCCUACAGUGACUCUGACCCAUGACAAGAGCAGGGUGGCUGUGUGCCAGGCAUCUGCAGGAAAGCCAGCUGCUGACAUCUCCUGGAUCCCUGCAAGCAACCGCAGCUCUGAGGAGGAAUUCCAUCACCCCAAUGGAACAGUGACCAGAGUGAGCUACUUUGGCUGGGCCAACAGCUCAUUUCCCUCUGUCACCUGCCUGGUCACCCACGCAGCCAUGAACCAGACUCUGGUCAUGGACCUGAGAUACACCUCCCAUAUGCUUCUCUACGUCCUGAUGGCAGGAGCAGCUGCAGGUGCCAUUGCUGUCACUGGUCUGACUUUAUGCUUGAUUUUCAAGUGCAGAGCUUACUGCUUACGAAAACGGGCACAGGGCCCAGCAGAACACUCUACAGCUAGAGCCUUGAAGUUCCCACCUCCACAUACAAGAAGAGCAGCAGUCAAUCCUCCUGACUUUCCAGAGAGCAGCUAUGUGAAUUACAAGCCAAGAUCUAUUUAUGUAAGAUUAGGAGAGUGUAGGCACAAGUAGCCAGCUCAGCUACUAAUGAUACCCAGGUACUCAAACUUGUACUUCAGCUCUUAAGCCUCAGACCUUACCCCCAAAAAACUUUGUCUUUAGUGACCUGACGAUGGUGGACAACUUACUUACUUUAGUAAGUUCUUUUCUCUUUCUCUAAAUAUCAGUACAGCUCUAGAGAAAGUUGGAAAUUUUAAAGAUUGAAUUAGGGAAAUACCUUAAUUUUGUUAGAAAAUGGACUCUGAUGUAUGUGCUGACUUUCCUCAAAACAAUGAUGGACAUAUUUCUAUGCCAGUAAGUAAAAGACUGCUGGUGAAAAUGUAGCACUUUUCUUUCAAUUUUUACAACUGGAUUCACUGUAAAGUUCCGUGUUGGAAACUUGAAAGUGGCAUGGGAGACCUCAAAACACAGAAGGUCAAAGCAAUACAUCUAACAGAAAUGCCCAAAUGAGAGAGUUUUAGGGGUUUUGCUUGUUUUGUUUUCUGGUUGCAAUGACAGAUGACAACCUCAUAUUUGACAUCUUCGUAUUUUUAACAUAUUUCUUUUUCAAUUAAUCUUUCUGUUUGCAUUACUAAUUGAUGGAAAAUAAAACCAAUUUUACAUUAUACUGGAUAUGGAAAUAAGAAACAGCAAUGGACAAUUUUUGGACACUCUUUAAUGUAAACAUGCAAAUAUUUACCAGAAGGAUUUUUGUGGUUAUUUGGGAAAAUGUUUUUUGACCAGUUUCUGAGAAGCUGAGAUCACAUAAUGGUUUUACUGAGAACAGAAAUGUUAAGUUGUAUAAGGUGCAGGUGGUAUGCUUGUUUAAAACAAAGGAAAAAAAGACAACCCUAACCACACCAUUUAUUUCUUUUCAUCUUCUGUCCCCAAUCUAAAAAACCUCCACAGAGUGGCUGUUAAUUUCAGUUUUCAUUGGUCAGGUCUGUCAGAGCUUCCAAACACUAAUGCAGCAGUAACUAAACUGAAAUGUGUGUUUUGAGGAGCCUUUUCCCUUCUUCUUUCUGCAGAGUUAUCUCUGCUCCAUAAGCAUUCUUAGGCAUGAGCAUCUCCCAGUGCCUUUUAAUUGCACUUUAUCACUUCUAAAUAGACGUGGAUGUCUGCUGACAUCACUCCAGCCUUUCAUUUUAGUCAGAAAGGCAUGAAGAAUGGCUCUCUGCCUUAAGGAAAAGGACCUACAGAGGCCAUGCUGGUUUCCAGGCUUGGUGGACAAGCGAAGCCUUUCCUGUGGUGUUGGAUGUCAGUGAUGGGUUGGUCUCAGAGCUGUGUGCAGCAUCAUCAUGCCUUCUGUAGGAAGGGAGAGGCCCUUUUCAUGUGUAAAACCUCUGGGAGAAAUAAGUGACAGCUUGGAAGUAGUGCAAAUAGGUUUGAAAUGAUGCUAGGGAGGGAAAGUGUUUUGUAGCUCUGGUGAAAUCCGCAGCAGUGCCUCAGUCCAAGGUGAUGUCGAGGGGUCAUUUGUGACAUGAAGCUUCUGAAAUAGAGGGAAAGUCUCUUGUUGCUUAAGGAACUGCCCGGUCAGGUAUAAACCUGGUGUUUUCUCAGUGUGGUAAAUGAGCAUGCAUUGGUUUUGUGGACAGCUACAGCAAUCUGUGCCUUUUUCAGAAGCUGGAUCAUUGCAGCCAUAUCCAAGGAUGACAGGGCUGUUAAAAUUAAGAGAGUUAGGCUGUGGAGCAGCCUGGUUCUGGGAAUCACAGUGCAUGUGUGCUGUGAUCAUUAGGAUGUAAUGUAAUUUUUCCUCAAAUCCUUUGCCCCAAGUGAGAUGUUGAAGGGUGAGAUCUAAUAGAGACAGAAAAGAUAGAGCUAGACAGGGAGAUGAUGGUGUGUGGGGAGAAAGCUCUCUGAAGGUGUGAUAAUUUGUCCUGGCUGAAAACUAUGGUUUUCACACUCAUAUCUUUAUUUUCACCUUUAAUUUGUAUUUGGUGGAAUUGGCCCAGUCACCUGCAAUGUGUCAGCCCUUUUGUUAAUGUAGAAAUUCUGAGCAGACUUAGAUCUGAAAUGAGGUGCUCUGGCAAUGACAUGAGCUAUCCUGGAAUAAAACUGCCCUUAUGCUUUUUAGGCUUGUUGUGUAUGAUUAAUAGAAGUUAUCAGGCCAAAGAGAAUAAUGUGGCUAUGGGGCUGGUUGUAAGAAAGGCUGGGACAUCAAUAAAGCUUUUACAGGUACUUUCACUGUUGGUUAUGACUGGUAAAUGGUAGGGUUUUGUCCUAUGUGAAGCUCCUGGCGUGGGUUUUGGUGGCUUCCUCUCUGCCUGCCAUGACCAGAGCCAUGUGUGCCAUGCUUCUUGGGCUCAUGAGUUGGUCUGUUGAGUAUUUGAGAAUCAGAAAUAAAUCACUUAAAUAUUUUCUGUCAUGCUGCUUUUCUAUGGGAUAGGCAGCUUGGUGUAACCCAAAGAACAACUCAAAAUGUGUGUUUGGUGUCUUAUAACAAUUUGGUCUUAAAAAUAAGCAACUUGAAAUGUUUUUAUAUUUAUCAUGAUUUCUCUCACCUCCCUGUUAAUUAUGAGUACAUUUUUGGUGACCGUACUCUUUUUAUUUGCACUGAAAGAAAAUUUAAUCAAGGCAGGUAUUUUAGACUGCCAAAACGUGUAGGAAAAUGCUGACUGUUUGUUGAAUAAUCAUUCUGAGAGGGCUACUAAAAAGUGAUGGGAAUUGGAGUCAACUAUUUGCACAUUGUCACAAGAAAAACAUUUUUUAAAAAGCCUGGGAGCGUGACACUGCUGUUUCAGAUUGACUAUUUAGUCAAAUGCACAGUUGACCGAAUGUCACUUGAGCUUUUUAGCACCAGAUGUGAUUAUAGAUGAAAAUGCUCCUGUUUAUUGUGUGGAUUUUCACUCACAUUGUUCAUAGGACACUCUUUGUAAUCAUGAUGAUGUCUGCUUUCUGAUUAAUCUAUGAACAAUUUGUCUUCUGGAAAUAGCAGGUGUUGUGAUGCCUCUUUCUCUUCACUGAAUAUGGAAAAAAUGGUGACAAAGCAUUAUGUUUAGAGCCUCAUAAAUUGGAAUAUGACUUUAGAUUAUGAACAAUAUUUGUUUAAAAUCACAAAUUUCAACACCAGGGUUGAAAUGAAGGUGAACAAUUUUCCUACAGACUCUGGAAAUGGAGCAGAUGUCCAAAGGGCAUUUGCCAGUUCAGUGAAGAGCUAGAUUUUACUAAGUUUGAAGUUGCAGCUUUAAGUUUUGCCUAACCUUCCUGGCAUCAAUUUGCCACAAUUUUUCCUCUCUGAUGAGAAAAUAAUGCUUUCCUUGGUUCUCCUCUCAUAACUGUGACACCUGUGAUGUCUUUGUGACCUGCUCUUUCUGACUUUGUGAAGUCUUUGCUGUUAAUGAUAACUUGUCAGCUCCUUGAUUUUGUGUCCACAGUCUGUAUACACCUGUCAUGUGCUGGAGGCAGUGAGGAGCUCAGGAAUUAACCAAGUGGGAUUUUUUCUACAUUUCCUAUCACUUCUCGGUCCUGCUGUAGUUUGCACUUGUGCUCUUAAUGAUGCUUCUUUAAGCAAGUACCUUAUUUUCUCUUUUUCCUCCCCAAUCUUUUCAUGCACUAGUUUUCUCAGUUUAUUGAUUUUUAUGUUCUCCAAGUAUUUUAUUACCUAGUUUUAUUUCUUUCUCUUUCUGGCAUCAAGUACAAUUUUAUUCUUCCUUAUUUUGUUGCCUUUUGUAUGUGUGCAACUAGAGGUUUCAAACAGUGACUUGUUUUGGAAUUUUUUACUGCUUUUCACUGAACUUCUCCAUAGGGACAUAGUUACUCCAGAUCUCCUUCAUUUUUUUUUUCUCCAAUGCAUAAUACGAAAUUAGUCGCUUUUGAUGAGAAACAUCUUCUGUUCUUAGAGUUCUGUGAAUCUAAGCUCACUUACCAAAUCCAAAUGCAUUAUAUGCAGCAUUUUUAUUUGUUCUUGGCUGACAUCUGUCUUACAGGAUCACAGAAUUGUUAAGGUUGGAAAUAUCCUCUGAGAUCAUCAAGUCCAACCAUUAGCCCAGCACUAUCAUGGUCACAACUAAACUGUGCUCCUCUGUGACAGAUUUACAUGUUUUUGAACACAUCCAGGGAUGGUGAUUUCAUCACUUCUCUGGGCAGUCUGUUACAAUGCCUGACCAGCUUUUCAGUGAAGAAAUUUUGCUAAAUAUUUAAUGCACUCUGCAGCACCCAUGAGGAAGAGGAGUGAGAAAACUGUGAGAGUGAGAAACUGCAAACACCAAGGUUAGUGGAGAAGGAGGGCAGGAGGUGCUCCAGGUACCAAAGCUGGGAUUCCCCUGCAGCCUCUGGUGAGACCAUGGUGAGGCAGCUGUGCCCCAGCAUCCCAUGGGGGUCCAUGGAGGAGCAGACUUCCACCUCCAGCUCGUGGGGAUCCCAUCCUGGAGUACACUUCUGGCAGGAGCUGUGACCCUGGAGAGGGAUCCGUGCAGGAAUGGGUUUUCUGGCAGAAAUCACACUGGAGCAAUCUGUUCCUGAGGGACUGCAUCCCAUGGAAAGGACCUACAGCAGCCUGGGAAGGACUCUAUCCAUGGUAAGGAACUUGCUGGAACAGAGGACCUGUGUGAAGGAGUGGUGGAGGUGAAGAACCCCAAACCCCAUUCCCCACCCCACUGCACGGCUGAGGAAUAUGAGGUAAAUCUGUGAAGGGAGUGAGAGCAAAGGUGGUUUCAAUUUUGUUUAUUUGUCAUUAUCCUACUCUGUUGUUAAUUGCUAAUAAAAGAAAUUAAUUUCCCCAAGUCAA